CUCUUCGCCCACUCGCUCUACCAAGUCCUGGAGGAUCCGCCUCUCCUGGGACCCGAAGACUGGCUCCUGGCCAGCCAGGAGGCGCUGCGGUAUUACCGGAGGAAGGUGGCCCGCUGGAACAGAUUUUAGAGAGCUCCCUCUCUUUGACUAGCAAAACAAGCUGACCUCGACUUACGAAGACCUUUUCCCUCAAGCCGUACCUCUAUGGACCUUGCCAUACAGAGGAGGCAGCUGACAUAUGACAGCUCUUCCUGCUUGGGACAGUGUUAAAACAGUGUAUCAUUUAACCCUCAGAACUCCGUGUGAAGACGGCACAGGAUAUACAAAGAACAAUUCAACCUCACCUCCUUGGAUCCCCCAGUGCAGUUUCGACCAGAGGCCAGCUGGGUCCAGUUCCACUUGGGGAUCAACAGCCACGGGCUGUACUCCAGGUCCAGCCCUGUCGUCAGCAAGCUCCUCCAUGACAUGAGGCACUUCCCCACCAUCAGCGCUGAUCACAGCCAGGAUGAAAAAGCCUUGCUGGGGGCCUGUGACUGCUCCCAGAUUGUGAAACCCAGUGGGGUCCACCUGAAACUGGUUCUGAGGUUCUCAGACUUCGGGAAAGCCAUGUUCAAACCCAUGAGACAGCAGCGAGAGGAGGAGACACCCGAGGACUUCUUCUACUUCAUAGACUUUCAGAGACACAACGCUGAGAUCGCAGCUUUCCACCUGGACAGGAUUCUGGACUUCCGACGGGUGCCACCCACCGUAGGGAGACUAUUGAAUGUCACCAAGGAAAUCCUGGAGGUCACCAAGAAUGAAAUCCUGCAGAGCGUUUUCUUUGUGUCUCCAGCUAACAACGUGUGCUUCUUCGCCAAGUGUCCGUACAUGUGCAAGACGGAGUAUGCUGUCUGCGGCAACCCACACCUGCUGGAAGGUUCCCUCUCCGCCUUCCUGCCAUCCCUCAACCUGGCCCCCAGACUGUCUGUGCCCAACCCCUGGAUCCGUUCCUACUCACUGUCAGGAAAAGAGGAGUGGGAGCUCAACCCCCUCUACUGUGACACGGUAAAGCAGAUCUACCCAUAUAACAGCAGCAACAGGCUUCUCGGCAUCAUCGACAUGGCCGUCUUUGACUUCCUGAUUGGAAACAUGGACCGACACCAUUAUGAGAUGUUCACCAAGUUUGGGGAUGAUGGGUACCUUAUUCAUCUUGACAAUGCCAGAGGGUUCGGACGGCAUUCCCAGGACGAACUCUCUAUCCUCGCCCCUCUCUCGCAGUGCUGCAUGAUAAAAAGGAAAACACUCUUGCACCUUCAGCUGCUGGCUCAAGCUGAGUACAGGCUCAGCGAUGUGAUGCGGGAGUCACUACUGGAAGAUCAGCUCACCCCUGUCCUCACGGAACCCCACCUCCUGGCCCUGGACCGCAGACUCCAGAUCAUCCUUAAGACAGUGGAGGACUGCAUAGAGGCCCACGGAGAGCGAAGAGUCAUAGCUGAUGGGUCAGCACAACAUUCAGCUCCAGACUCUGGCCAGGCUAAUCUGACAAGCUAACGGCAGCAAGCGUGGGGCCUCAGAACACAACUGGAGCCAGCACUUCACUUCGUGCUGAUUUGUAGGCCCCUGCUGCCCCAUUCCACCCUGGGGUGCUGGAGGCCGAGUCACAAGCUCAGGGAGGAGGCAGGAACACUUUGAAAAAGCACACGGGAUCCACCAAACCUCAUCUUUACCCUUGGGUGGAGGCCACUGCUUUUACAGUGCACUGGCUGGGGCUCUCUCUUGGCUCCAUGAGGGCUGCAGACUAUCUUCUAAGCACACUGUGAAACCUGGACCUGGGCCAGGCUUGGAAGGUUCGGAAGCUCUGUUCCUAGGAGCGGUUUUUACUCUACCAUGUCAAAUAAAGGGACAUCAAGUGGAUAACUGGCUUCCUCCUAGUCCUUACUGUAUGUAUAUGCAGGUACAGUAAACCACAUUUAAAAAGAAAAAUCUCCAGACCUAAAAUCUGUCAAUCUCAGGCUGAUGCAAAAGAAAAAGGCCAUUCUUUUUUAUUGACAUUCUGGUCCCUCACACUAUCUGAAUACAAUAAUCCCUACCAGGUCACACCUCAGAAAUACUAAAGGUAAAUUUGCUCAGUAAAGGGACACUUCAGUCUGAAGAGUGUUAUCAGCUUACGAAUUGGCAACAGAGGAGCUUCGUGCCUCACACAGUUGGUGGAGUGCUUGCCCAUCAGGUUCAACCCCCAGCAUCACAUAAAACCAGGCACAGUGGCAAUACCUGUUAACUACCUGCACUCAGGAGGACCACAAAUUCAAAGACAUCCUUAGCUACACAGUGAGUCCAAGGCUAGCCUGGGCUGCCUGAGGAAGUAACACCAUGUAUGUCAAAACUAAGAGACACAAAAGGGGAACCUGGCAGCAGGUUAGGGCUGCAUGGCUCUAUCGGGUCACUUUUUCUUCUGAUAAAAGGCAGAGGAUCAAAAAAGUAUGGAGGGGAAGAAGAAAAGGCAUCACUAAGAACCAGAAAUGUCACCCAGACCUCUCUGCUCACGUCCAAGGACAGACGGGAUGACCGACAAUGGGUAGUAUUGUCUUGGUCUUCUGAGAUUGGAGUUCAUGUAUACCAGGCUGGCCUUGAAUUCUUGAUCUUCUCGACUCCACCUCCCAAGAGCCUGGAUUAAGGCAUGAGUCACCAUGCUGGUCUCCCGGUGGAUGGUUCUGAUUCAUCCUAGCACCCCACAUUAUGGGCACACAACCCCUGAACCCAGUUUGCAUAAUAACCUUGCUUCUGUUCACCCUAGUCUUGCCAUGUCCCAGACACUUUAUUAACCAUCAAGUCAACACGUAGGUUUGCAACCCUUGUGAGCAGGCCCAACCUUUUACUUCCAAUGUGUGAGGAAGAGAGCUAAGGCUCUCGAGGGAGAAAACCACAUCGUCUUGUGGUUUAGGCUUAUUCCAAAAUGCACAUAGCAUCAAACCCGUUUGUGAAGUCAAAUUUGUUAGUUGGAAAAAAAUUAAGCUGGGUGCUGUGACUCAAACCGGCAAAUCCCAGCCCUUGAGUGACUGAGACAAGAGCGUGAAGUUGAAGGCUGGUCUGGGCUAUGGGAGGAAAAUAAAAUAUGCACAUCAACUCUUUACCAGAGAAAACUCCUUCCAAAGACUUCCCUAUCAGGGAGGCCCUUUGGUGGGGGCACAGCUUCCUACAACAUCAGUUGUUUCUCCUCUUCCCCCCUUAGGGCAGCACUAGGAAGGGGGGAUGGAGGUUGGGGGGGGGGGCGCAUGGUCUGAGGCUUUCAGCCAGUCUCGCUUGGGUGAGUUGCAGUCCCCAUCUCCAAUGUGGCCUCCCUGGAUGCAGACCAGUUUCUCAAGAUUCUGAAACAACAUUUCUGCUAUACUUUUCAAAACCGAAGUAACUGAAUUUGAUCACAAUAUGUGGGGUAACUACAUAGAUUACUUUUCACCAUCGGUUUUUCUAACACCGACGGGGGGAAAAAAAAAAAAAAAAAAAAAGCUUAGACCAGCAUUUUUCAAAAAUACCAGAAAACAAAAACAUUCCAUUCUCAAGAGUGUCAAGCUCUUACAACUUACGCACUCUGAAGCAUUGCUCAACUUCCCAUGGAAAAAAAAUAUUCCGAGUCUAUGUGAAAACUUUCCAUGUUACCACUGGCAAACAAAUAAAAAACCAAAGACUGUGUGAACUGGUAGGGACCAGUCUGAAGGGAUAUGCCACUACAUUCUCAAAAUCCGGGACAGUUCUGAUCUAAGGAUAAGUCAACUCUCAUACAGGCAGCAAUUCUGUCUGUCCUAUUAAGCCCCUGGCCGCUGAACUGUAAAUUGUUACUGCCCCCCAGGGGAAACACAGGGUUAGGCUCCUAGGAUUCUCUGGUCUGAUUUCAUCGGCCCAUUACUACGGAAUCUCACCUUGUGUGGUAAAGACCAUCCCUUUACACUGUUGGUUCUUUAACCCGGCAUCUGCCUACGACACAUUCACAGUACGAUACAGCUUUCUCACACUCAGGAACGUGAGCUGGCCCAUGAACACUGUCCUUAGGGACCUUUUAAAUACUGAGGGACCCUUAGUGACAUAGUCACAGCUGAGAUGAGGCAGACCUCACUCUGCCUUGGGUGGGAAGGAGUGCAGGGGAUAAUCACGGUUUCCCUGUGCAUGCAGCUCAGGCCCCGGGUGCUUCUGGUGUUCUGGUCUCGGGGUCACACAUUGUUCCAAGUAGGAAAACAUGCAAAUACAGAAUCUGCAGACACCAGGGACAGCUGGAGUCAUCUGGGCUUGACAACGCUGAGAAGAAUGUAAAAGUUCUCCAUCUAGUGGCAACUUUUUAAAAAUCACAAAGCUACUUCAACUCAUUCUUACAGGGACACACCUUAAUGUCAUAGUUCUAAAGUUAUGUCAAGAAACAAAUUUUGUGUAUGGACAAAAGAAUGAUUCGUACAGAAAUCCCUCGAACAUAACAAGGGAGAGACUGGUGUUUCCCCUUGACAGACAUGCUGGAGGACAAAUUAAACGGUUAGCUAACCAUGAUUUUGGUCCACCUGGAGGUACACUCCAGGGCUUAGCAAAGUUCACAAAGGGUGCACCUCUGAGGUUGGAGACCAAGUGUCAGCUGGCUCUGCCAUCCUGCUAGUUCAAAAUGUCCACACAAGGUAGGAUGAAUCCCGGGCCACGGUUUAAAGGAAGGACUAGGCCACACUGACGGCUUGGGUGACAUCCAGCUGGUGAGAGGAAGGGAACUGCGAACCUGGACCAGGUAGAGCGGAGGAAGCAGAACUCCGAAUGCUCCAGACUAACUCCUGUCCUGCAUGUGAUGACACAGAGUAACCCUUUAGCUACUCCUUAAACUCCAGGAGAAACGUAACCAACAAGGUUUCCUGUGUGUAAGAUCCCUAAGCAGCUAACAGCCCAUCUGAUAAACCAACCCUCUGCUGACAAAGAAACCAGAAAUCCUAUCAAGUCUGUGAAGCCCCAAGGCACAGACAUGUCUGUGCUGUCAAACUGAAGCUGUGGCUUGGGACAGAAUCUUCCUUCUAGGACUUGUUACUGAGUCUGCCCCACACCCAUGAGCAAGGUUUGGAAAUCCACCCUUUGACAAACUGAACUGGAAUGUAUUAAAAAUAAAUAAAUAAAUACAUUACUUUUUCAAAACUCUAAUCCCAAAAUUCACUUUCAUUCUUUCCCACUGAACUUUUGGGGAAGAACAAAGGAAGAAGAGGAGGAAAGGAAGAAAAACUGAUUCAUUUAAGAAUUUAAAUGAUUUCAUCUUUUUAUUCUGUGACCUACCAUGGAACAGUGUGUAACAAAAGAACAGCGAUUAGAUUAGCACAGAGUGUAUCAGACUAGUGUCCAGGAAACAGCAACUGUCCCUUUGGCCAGCUCCACUUUCUCAGCAGAUCUCCUAAAUUCACCCACCCAUCCAGGGACACCGGUGCCUAGAGUCCACAAGGACACAGUAUGCCAACCAUGACUUCUGACUGAUUUAAAUUGCACAAAGAUAGAGCUUUAAACGUGGUAAUUUUUAAAUUUAGACUUAUCUUGAAAACUCUAAGUAAAACUACAAAAGGGAGUGCAUAGCGAGCUAGCAUUGCGUGGGACACUUAGAAAGCGGGGCGUGUAUCUCCCUCCGUACAGACCAAGGGGAUCCACACACAUGAAAUGCAUUUUACGGCGUGCUACAUCAUUCACUUAAGUACAUUGUUUUGGCAUUUAAACAAAUAUCAAAUUAAGCUUUAAGCUAGUAACAUAAUUUUUAUUUUUUUAAAUAUAAAAAAGAUAGCCAACCACAAAGGAAGUACAGAAACCCUCAUUUAAUAUAGAUUAUGGAAGUUUUAGAUAUGGCAACAAGGCAGCUUUCUACCCCACACUAAAACCUAAAUGAAACUUUUUCCCAAGUUAGUAACAAUCUAACAGCUUUUUAAGCUACCAAGAAAAAAAAAAAAUCUACCGUACCCAACAAUUUAAGUUAACUGGGAAAGGAGGGAGGGGAUUAUUAAUCAGGCCCACUUGCACACCCAUGGAAAACACAGUCACUCCCAAAUAGAACCCGACAUUGUACAUAAGUCACAAGAUAAACAUGCCUAGUUACGAACUGUGAAUUUUGUUUAAAAAAUAACAGUAAUAAAAAUAAACUGUUGGGUUAUCAUUGGAAUAAUGUAACACAUAAGGGUGGAAAAUACUGAAAUACAGUUGAGAACACAAGUUUACUUUAAACACACACACACACAAACAAACAAAAAACAAUAAAGAAAGUUUACCAGAGAAAUUCAAGGUUAGACAGGAAAAGGCAGGACUCUCAGCAGGAUGGCCUAUCAGACCACAGCACAGCCACGCCCUACCCACCUGGUAACAUAAACCCAGACACACAGCUUCCUGUUUCUGGACACCUACACUCCAUCCGCCUUAGCAACACUGCCUCCAUUCCCUUCUCUCUGGAGCCUGUUGUCUAAGUAACUCCAACGUCCGAGAACCCUCAGUGAGGGCGUGAGGGCCGAUCACACAGUUACGCAGUUAACUCCCGAGUGACGCCCCCGCCCUCACUAUCCUGCACCUCUUCAGCAUUUGGCACCAGCAGGGUAAAGUUAUCAGAACCUGUGAGCUCUGACAGGCGUGGUUAGGUCACCACCCAGUACUUGCCAUCUACGGCUUGAUUUCAACUUAAAGGCAGGUAUAGACAGCCAGCCACACCAAAGUAUUUCAGAGUUGGAGAAGAAACACUAGCCACAGACAAACCAAACCAGGCUGAGAGGGGACUGAACUAGUUGAAUGUGUCUGGUAAUUAGCAAAACAUGGGCACUUCCCACACUUAAGCUACUUUAAUUACAGGCAGGAGUCUUUCUACUGUGCUAGGAUUUUUCUAUAUUCAUUCUUCUAUUCCUUAAAGGUUAAAGUCAUUUAUUCUAUAAAGAAAUACAGCAAACAUGGCCACAGUCUAAAUAUGUCACUUGUGUCAUAUGGAAAUGGAAAUCCAUGUCACUUAAAACCCCCGCACUGUUAUUACAUCAUUAUGGUAAUUCAUGGUGCAGGGACCGCCCUCAGCAGAAAGCACGGCACUGGCUGCCCAGGUUGAACACUAGCACUGCACAGAGAAGCGGUGACAGCCGAGUCCAUACAACUCUAUUUAUUUGUGAGUGAGCAUUCAGUAACGCUCCAAUGGAAAAUGGUGCAAUAAAGCAACCUUUAGUAUACAGAGACAAGAAGCUGUGAAGCCAGUGGCCACUUGGCGCUGCAGAGAGGGAGGAGAAAGCAGUCUGCGUGAGUGAAGCAUAGACUGGGGAGGAGAGGCACAGGAGGCGGAUCUCAGACGGACAGUGACACAAAGCUGUUGUACUGCUGGAUGUUUCGCUUGAGGAUAUCUGAGCAUGGGCCAAGGACGCGUUCAAACCGAGGUCGGUCCAACUUAACGCACUUCAAAGGGCCACGCGCAACCACAGUGGCAGCCCGAGGACGAUUCAUCAGCAGGGCAAUUUCACC